AAGGAGGAAGGAAAAAGGAUUUUCAAGAGACAUUGCAAUCCAGAACCACAAGCAGGCACAUUUCUGCAGGAAAUAAGCCUUGCUUUAGGGGAUUCAUUAGAGAAAAUUGCAACUUUUCAAUGAGGAGAUCACCAGCAACUUCUACUGCAGUGGGGCAAUAGCUGUUGGUGGGUGCUGAUGUCAGUCCCCACCUCGUGUUCCCCGCGCAUCCUGGGCUGUGCCUCAGCAGGGCUGUGUGCUCCUCAGACCCUUCCCACGUACCUGGUGCCACCUCCCAUUGCAGCAGCAGCCACCAGCACCAGUGCAAAGCUAUCACAGUGCACAGUGACCUCUGCCUCAUUCCAGCUCCUCCUUCCUCUCUGCAACCCCAGGAGCUGCACUGCAGUAAUGCCUCCUGCAUUAAACAACCCCCUUUAAUUGUCUUUAAUUUCAUGACAGUGGAGACAGAUGGUCUCUACCACAGAUCAACCCAAAAGAUGGUCCUUAGCCACAGGUCAGACCACCACCAUCCCACAACUCAAGAGGACUGGAUAAAGCCUUGGCUGUGUUUCACAAGCAAGAUGCCAGCAGUGCCUGAGCUUUCUGGCAGACCUGCAGAGCUGGAAGCACGGGGAUUUCCUUCCAUCUGCAGAUCGCAGCUCCUUCACAGGAGCACACUGAACCCAAAAUGCACUGAGGGCUGGUGUGUCCUGGGGCUCUGAUGGACAGAGAAACCCCAGCACAGCCCUGGGUACAGGGCACGCAAGCACCUGUGUUGUGUCCUGCAGCACCUGCCAGAGGGUGCAGGGAGGACGGGCACAGCUGGCACUGCCCUCUGGCACAGCACAAGGGCUGCUAACGCUGAUGGCUGGGGCAGCCUUAGAAAUCCCACAUUCAUUUUGUGCAACUGCACGCCAUUGAUUAUCGCCUGUGCUGGAGGCCUGGCUGGCUCUGCUUUUUAAGCCACUCACAAUAGAAAUCUGUUUGCAGAAGAAUUUGCUGAAAACAAGUUCAGCAAGAGAGAGAGGCACUGCUGCUUUGUUAUCUCUGCCCCAGAGUGCAGCAUGGCCUGAAUGAAUGCAAUAAUCCUCUCUUCCUCUCUGCUCAUUAAACAAGAGAGCAGCCUGACUCAGUAUUCCUCAGUAAGAGCAGUCAGUAUUUUUUUACCUUGCAUCCAACAUCAGUGUCCCCUCUGUUAAUGUUGGACAGAGAGCAGCAGAUCCUGCAGCCCUGCAGAGCAGUGCCUUGGUGCAGGACAGCAGGAUGGCUGCAGGCCAUGGGCACUGCCUGCAGAGUUAGCAGCAGGCUUCCUCUUUCCUAAAGCCCAUAUAACAAAAUGGUUUGAUUCCUCAGCUGCUCAAAUGGGCAGAAAAAGGCUGAUAAUUGUCUGGGUUUUCAGACCUGGGCAUUCAGCAUAGCCCCUCUCUGUCCUAUUUCUUCUUUCCCAAACUGGCCGGGUCAGAGCCCUCCCCAGGAUGAGAUGGAGGCACCCAAAGAGGAAUGAAAUCACCCUGAGAAAGAGCACCCAGCAGAGCAGUGCCAACAGGGGCACAGAUAAAGCGAGAGGGGAGCAGAGGGGAUUAAAGUUGCCUGCUACAGACACAUGGUGGCACACACAGUCAUGGAAGAAAGCAGGAAAACUGAGAGGCACGAAAGGAAUCCCAUCACACAGAGGGAGAGAGCAAGAAAGACAGCUACAGGCCCUUCCCAACCACACAGCUCUGCUGCAGAACACAGGCAGGAGAAGCCACAGAAACGCUUUGAAAUGCUCCUCCCAGGAUGUUCCUCACCUUCCCACCAGCCCUUCCCCAAGGUGGGGAGGUGCUGCUAGCAAGUGGCCACAGGUCAAACACACCAUAAAAUGGCAACCAAAAUGCAAGAGACACAGCACCCUGGGAAGGCUGGGGAUCAGAAAGAGGCAGAAAAGAGAUUUUCCCCCCAGGCCUGUGGCAGGAGCAGGGCUGACCUGGAGGGUGACAUCCCCACCCCGUUGAUCUCCUCAGACUCAUUCUGGUGUGGUAUUGUCCUCCCUAAGGUUUGCUCUUUGCCCACAGCAGUCUAGACACAGGGCCGUGCGUGACUCACAGCCUUCUUGUGCUCAGAACGUUUGUUCCCACUUCUUAAUUUAGAGCCGUGCUCCGAGAGGAGAAAUCUGGGCGUCAGCCUUAACCUUGGGACUUUUCUUCCCACGCCUCUGGCGUUUGCAGGCCGACGGUCCCACCUCUGGCCUGAACCAUGGCCGAGGGGGAGAUAACCACCUUCACAGCCCUGACCGAGCGCUUCGGCCUGCCGCUGGGCAACUACAAGAAGCCCAAACUCCUGUACUGCAGCAACGGGGGCCACUUCCUACGGAUCCUGCCGGACGGCAAGGUGGACGGGACGCGGGACCGGAGCGACCAGCACAUUCAGCUCCAGCUCAGUGCGGAAGACGUGGGUGAGGUCUAUAUAAAGAGCACAGCAUCAGGGCAGUACCUGGCAAUGGACACCAACGGGCUCCUGUACGGCUCGCAGCUACCAGGCGAGGAGUGUUUGUUCCUUGAGCGGCUUGAGGAGAACCAUUACAACACAUACAUCUCCAAGAAGCACGCAGACAAGAACUGGUUCGUCGGGCUGAAGAAAAAUGGGAACAGCAAGCUGGGGCCGCGGACUCACUAUGGGCAGAAGGCGAUCCUCUUCCUCCCGCUGCCAGUGUCGGCCGACUGACUCCCAUCCCACAGCUCACAGGCACCCCGCCACGGCGCCGGCCGCCCACCCCUGCUGCCCCUUCCUGGCGCUCCAAUGAAGAGCCAAGCAUUAGAGCCCCGAGCCGUAGGUAAAGGCUUGAACCAAACCAGACCCGAGCUGCUCAGCCCUGCACGACCCUUCGCAGUGAUGACGAGGAGCUUCGAGUACAGCCGUGCACCAUGGAUGUGUGGCUUCCAGCCCGGCUGCUGCUGGAACCCAGCACCCCAGUGCCCCAUGAUCCCAUUUGUCCAUCCAAGUCCGUCGCUGCCACAGCGCCUUCGAGCAACUUCAAACUGCGCCGUUGUUCGUGUUACUGAGCAAAAAGCUUGCAGAUAACUUCACCAUACUAAGCCAGCCAGAAGCUCCAAAUCCUCAGCAUCUCAACCUUCCUUAGAAUAUUGCUGUCCCUCAUGCUGAUAUCUGCCAUGUUAUUUGUAUUUAUUUAUUAAGCAGAUCUGUCUCUUCCACAAUCCCUUUGUAAGUAGUGCACGUGGCACCAAAUGUCCUGGCGCUGUCCUGGUGAUGCUGGAGCAGAACAGGAGCAGCAGGAGUGCGGUGAGAUUCCUCCUGGAUGACAGCUGGGCUGGGGACACAAAGGCGGAGCUGCACGGCUCCUGAGUGCUCUUUUCAGUGCUUCCUUCCCUACAGCCCCUCCUGCUGGGCCUGGCUUCCCGUAUUGGACAGCAAAGGGAAAAAGGCAGUUUGGUCCAUAGAGUAACAUAACAGUGUUAAACAUUCCAUUGUUCAGAUAACAAUUCUAGGUCAGUGGUGAAAAGCGCUCCUCUUCUGAUUAGAAAAGAUGGAUAAUUGCAUUUAUUUUACCUUUAUUUUUGUAUAAUAAAUCCUUGGGAACUGCAGAAGUGUGCGUUUGCUGGGAGCACUGCAUCGCUCUGUAGUGCUUCCCAUGGUGGUCGGACGCAGCAUCAGGUGUGUCCUGCUAUACUCACUGUGAGCACACACAGAGCUCGAGGGACCACAGACAUCACUUCCCAGCUUUCAGUUACAACCCACAGCAGCCAAAAGGCAUGCUUUUACUGUAUACAUUAAUUAAAACUUUUUAAUGAAAAAUAAAGGGGAAAGUAACGCUUGCAAAAGUUUACUCAGCACAAGCAACUUCCCCUCCUUCCCCUCAAAAGCAAACCACAGCUGUAGGGUACACCCUGCAUCACAGGCAGGCUGGGUGCUGCUCCUGCACUGUACCUGCGCCCGUUCCGCAGCACUGCCUGAUCUGUGCAUCAAAGCACACCCUGUGCAACCCAUGUCAAACACAGCCCGAUUACAAAAGGUCAGUGAGCAACGAUCCGUCAGCUGUGUCCCCAUCACAAGCAGUGCACAGGUACAACUACCUGCGUGCCCUUUACACCUCAGUGAGAGCAGCAGUGCUGUGUGGGGCUGGGGCAGGGCUCAGAUGCCGCAGGAAUGGCACAUGGGGCCCUGUGCAGGGUGUGGGGCAGGGCUGGGCCCUGCAAUCUGCACUCUCACCGUUCCUACAAACUUAUAACUGCUUAAAGGCAGUGCAUAAGAGUUUAAGUCUGACAUUUAAACUGGUACUUAGCAGCACUGGGCAGGCCUGAGUGUGUGCCAAAAACCCAGCAAUAGGGCAGAGGGAGGGCAGGGACAGGAGGACACGUCCAGCUGCCCCAUCCCAUGCACGGCUCUGUGCCAAACUGGGAAGUGCUGCAGGCGAUGCAUUCAAGUGAGAAAAGAACGAGUGCAUGCACAGGAGAGCCGGGUUUCUAAUUAAACUGGAAAGUUGGAAAGUGUAACUGCGGGUUGAGCUGUGCUGCCUCCCAACACCUCAUUAACCACAGAGCAUUCCUCUCAUUAGACUUCUGCACUCAGAAAUUACCACCUCUGCUACACACUUUACACCCAACUGGGGGAAAACGUCAACACUUUGUCUGAAAAAUAAUCCCCGAGGAGGCCACAGCGAUGGCUUCAGACAGACGAGCAAGCAGGGAUGGCGGAACCCGGAGAAACCGCGCUGUGCUUGGAGAGCUUUGUCCUCAGGGUGAGAGGUGAGCGGAAAAGCAACACUUGGAAGACUUAAUGAGACGAUUGCUCGAAGAUCUUCCCCGGGAGGCGUGUGGCUGUGAAGGGACAGCGCCGGUGCCACCGCUCGGCUCGCAGAAGGGCGGCACGCAGCGCGGGGCUGCGCGCUCGGCUCAGGGCUCUGCACCGCUGCGGCACCGGGCGGCGGAGCGUCCAAAGUCGCAGCCGCCACUGCGCGAGGAGCGCUGCAGCUUCUUUUUCCCCUUUAAAUCUCAACCUUUACAUUAAAUAAACAACUCCCUGACGCGCUGCCAGCUGUUAGGAAGGAAUGUAAAUCUGGGUCUAACGGCUCCCAUCCGCCGACCGUGGAUUACA